UGCUUUCACUGCAGUGUUCAUAAGAGGUGACAGAUCAUGCGUAGCUGGAAUUCAUGAAACUGCCAACAUGCCAUCAACACAAGGACUCCCUACACGAGGAUCAGAAGUAACAAUUAUCAUAACCAGGGUCCACUUGCAUCCCCUGUGUGUUCUUGUAGAGUUCUGGGGAAAGUUCAGUCAGGAAAGAGCCAUCGAUUACGAGUGCCUGGCUAAAGACAUUCAGUCACCUGAAAAGGCAUUUCAAGAGGUUGAAGGAAGUCCUGGUGACCAGUGCUUGGUUCAGAUAGAUGACAUUUGGAACAGGGCCCGCAUAGUCUCUAGAAAUGGCUCCAAAUACAGUUUGUUUCUCAUUGACAAAGGGGUGACGUAUUGCACCAAUACAAGUAAGCUGGCAUGGGGAAAGAAGGAGCACUUCCACCUUCCAUCAGAAGUGGAAUUUUGUGUGUUAGCUAAUGUGUUGCCACUCUCGACUGAGAGCAGAUGGUCUCCAGUGGCUCUUGAAUAUCUGAGAGCUCUCUCCGGGAAGUCUUUGAAAGCUCAUGUUCAAGAUGUACUGGUAUCCUACAGGACAUUUCUCUUGCACAUCCCCAGUAUAUCCAAACAAAUGUAUGAGAUGGGAUUUGCCAAGAUGGUGUCUCCAGACAUGUUCCACGAAUUUGUGCUUAUGUCACUAAAGUCCAAUUGUGUCGUUCAAGCUUCGCCAGAGAGUCGGCAGGGAGCAGGUUUGCGACUGCACACGCAAGAUCAGUUCAUGGUCCCAGAGCUUCCAGAUGGAACUGUAGAGACCGUCAUAGUCACAGAAGUGGCAAGUCCGCAGAAGAUUUUCUGCCAGCUGAAGGUCUUCUCACAAGAGCUGAAGAAACUCUCUGAGAAAAUCACAAAAUUCUGUGAGGGCAGAAUGACCAAUUGCACCGUGGGUCCAGAAAUGAUUAGCUUUCCCUGUGCUGCAAGAGGAAGUGACGGCAGAUGGCAUCGCUCGGUCCUUCAACAGGUUUUCCCAGCCAAUGGAGUGGUGGAAGUGUUUAACGUUGACUAUGGAACAAAACAGUUUGUUCAAGUGGAGAAUGUGGGACCACUUGCUCCAGAAUUCUUCAGGAUGCCCGUUGUGACAUACGUCUGUUCCCUCCAUGGAAUCGUUGACAAAGGGGAGGGUUGGACAUCCAGCCAGAUUGACCUUCUCCGGAACCUUCUUCUGCACAAGACUGUAAUCGCUAAAUUUGAGUACCAGAGCAUGUCUGAGGGUGUUAACUAUGUCACGCUAUUUGGUGAUGAAAAUACAAAUAUCAACAAGUUGUUUGGGUGCAAGGAGAGCUGUUUGCUGGAAUGUGAGAAAACACUUGGAGAUUAUGCUAUCCGUAGCCCUGCACACAGCCGCGAGCAUCGAGCCAAGCAAGAAAGAUGUCAAAGAAAGCCGUCAACUUCUCCAAAGGCUGCAGAGGAAAAAGAACAGAUAGGAAUACCUGAGAAGUUACCUGCAGAAGACCUCUCCCUAAACUCUUCACAUGUUGCAGUUGUUCAGCAUGUAUCCAACCCAUCGGAGUUUUGGAUCCAAACACAGAAAUAUGCUCAGGAGCUGGAUGAACUGAUGGAUAGGGUCUAUCAUUUGCACAAAGAUUCAGAAAACAAAGACGUGGUGAUGAAUCCAACUGUAGGGUUGUACUGUGCCGCCAAGGCCGAAGAUGGUGUAUCCUACAGAGCAAUUGUGUCCGAAGUUGGUGAGACACAAGUCAAGGUGUUCUUUGUUGAUUAUGGAAACACUGAAUUUGUUAAAAGGAUGAACAUCAGGACCCUUCCUGACAAGUUCAAAAAGCUGCCAAGACUUGCACUAAAAUGCACCCUGGCUGAUGUCAGACCCAGAGAUGGGAGAUGGAGUCGACGUGCCUCUGACUAUUUCAUCAAAGCAGUCACAGAUAAAGCACUAAAUGUAUUUGUGACAGCAAAAUAUGAUGAUGGCUAUGUUGUUCAACUAACGGAUCCUGAAGCUCAUGAAGAAAAAGAUCUCAGUACACUGAUGUGUACUUAUAACCUAACGGAAAAGGCUGAGAUAAAGCAACAACCCCAAGCGAAUGUCACUAUACAACCUGCCAUUCUGGCUCCCAAUAGACAUCCACAUGACAGACUUGCAGAUGUUUAUGGGAACAAGGGGAUAUGUCUCAAGGCACAAAACACUGUUGGCCCUGCCAUCAAUGAAAGGAGAAUUCCUUCAUUCAAGGAGCACAUGUUUCACAUUGGGAGUGUCCUAGAUGUCUGUGUGUCCCACAUCAAAAGCCCAAAUGAUUUCUGGUGCCAGCUUGUGCACAAUGCAGGGCACUUGAAAUUGCUAAUGCAUGAUAUACAGGCUCAUUAUGUAGGCAGUGAAUUUCAGCCUGUUGUUGAAACAGCUUGUGUUGCUCGCCACCCUGAUAAUGGAAUGUGGUACAGGGCCAUCGUAAUUCACAAACAUGAAAAACCUCUCGUGGAUGUGUUGUUUGUUGACUAUGGCCAGACAGAAACCAUCUCCCUCUAUGACCUGAGGAGGAUAUGCCCAGAAUUUCUCACUCUGCCUGGACAAUCCUUUCGAUGCAAUCUGUUAAACCCCAUAGACCCCACAUCUGCCAUCAAUGAGUGGAAUCAGGAGGCAACAGCAAGAUUCCACGACUUUGUGGAAACUGCUGCAUCCAAGUUUGUGAUUUUAAAGUGCACCAUAUAUGCUGUCAUGUACAGUGAUCAGAAGAUCAUUUAUAACAUUGUGGAUCUGGAAACUCCCUUUGAAAGUAUCUGCACCAGCAUGGGCAAUCUUGUCAAAAGUGCUCCUCCAAAGAAAGUCUCUGAGCCAUCUGUCCGCCUGGACUCGUACUACUUCUCAUCGCACAAUGUCAAAACUGGCACAGAAGAACAGAUCACAGUGACAUGCGUGAACAAUGUCAAUCAGUUCUACUGCCAGCUUGAGAGGAAUACUGAUGUGAUGGAAGAUCUCAAGAACAAGGUUAGUCAAGUCUGCCAUCAGCUAGAGAAUGUAAAGCUCCCAGGAGUCUUAAGAACGUUGUGCUUUGCCAAGUACACUGAUGGAAACUGGUACAGGGGUCAAAUCCAGGACACAAAGCCAGCAAUCAGGGUUCACUUUGUGGACUAUGGUGACACUAUUGAAGUGGCCAGGUCUGACUUGCUUCCAGUACCUAUAGAAGCUAAUCCCAUCAUGGCUGUGCCUGUGCAAGCAGUUGUGUGUGGUCUGUCGGAUGUCCCUGCUCAAGUUCCAAGAGAGGCGAACAGCUGGUUUGAGACCUUUGCAACAGAAUCUAAAUUCCAAGCGGUAGUUGUGGCCAGAGAACCCGAUGGUAAACUGCUGGUUGAACUAUAUCAAGAAGGCACUCAGAUAAAUUCAAAGAUCAAGAAGAAGUUUCAGAUUGAGAUGCACACAAAUGAGCAGGUUGUCUACCGGAGAGAAUUUCUCCCCAAAACAGCUAAUCAAAUCAGAGAUGACUCUAAAUCUACCAACAAAAAUCUGCAGUCUCAACCGCAGCCUUUGCGCCAUGUUAAUGAACAUGGUCAAAAGGUCAAAGCUGUUCCGAUACAGCUGUACAAACCUCCUCACCAAAGACAGUCAUGUGGGACCACACUGAGAAAUAUGGGAAAUGGUUAUGAGCCUGCGGGUGCCCAGGUCAGACCAAAGGAGGAAAAUCUCCCCACUGACACCGUCCAGCUGAUCAAGUCUAUAUCACCUGCUGCAGACUCUCAGAUAGAAAGCAAUGAUGAAAAACUUCCUAAACUUGCAGACCUGCCGUUAAAUUCUAUCACACCAGGGAUGGAAGCAGAGGUUUAUGUCUCACACUACCACAGCCCAUCGAGUUUUCACGUUCAACUCUUCAGGGAUGAGGAUGAAAUAUUCUCUAUUGCUGAGAAGCUCAAUGAUUCAAUCCCAAAAACCAAUGACGUCAAAGUUGUAAAUCCAGGAGACCUUGUCCAAGCAGAGUUUGCAGAUGACUCCAUGUGGUAUCGUGCAGUUGUUAGAGAAAUCCACAAUAACACAAUGGCUCUCGUUGAGUUUAUUGAUUUUGGAAACGCAGCAAUGACACAAAUGUCCAAGAUGGGCAGACUCCACAAGUCUUUCUUGCUGCUUCCCAUGUACAGCACACACUGCAUGCUGAGCAAAGUUGCAGAUCAUGGAAAAGAGGAAAUGCUUGAUCCUAAAGUGCUGUCAGCUAUUAAAGAAGCUGUAUGUGGUGAUGGAGACAAGAAGCUCAAAUGUCGGUUUAUCAGGCAGUCAGGAUCUGUGUGGGAAAUCAGUCUGGAGGAUAGUGGUGUGAAUCUCAUGUGUAAAGUAAUGACCAAGUGUUCAGCCAAUGCUUCUGAAUCCACCUCAGAGAACCAUGAAGAAGUUGAGGAAAAACCUACCCAGACCCCAGAGAAACUGCCACUGAACUCUUGCCCUCUAAAUUACGGCCAACUAGAGUUUUUAGAGGAACUGCAGUUACAAAGCUACCUCUCAUCAAUAAAUGAUGCCCUUUCCUUUUGGUGUCAGUCUGCUGACACAGAAGAACUUGACAAGAUUACCUCUGGUGUCUCAGAAGUUGGAAAUGCAGCCGAUCACAAACCUGUUGACCUAGGCACCCUCUCCCCUGGCAGCCCAUGCAUUGUUCUCUUUUCGGACGAUCAUCUCUGGUACCGUGCGGUGGUCAACGACACAGAGGGAGACAAGCUGUCUGUUCUCUUCGUAGACUAUGGAAACAAGUCCCAAGUCAAUGUUACAGAUGUGAGGGAAAUGCCCCCUCAUUUAGUGGAAGCUCCACCACAGGCUUUUUUGUGCGAGCUUGAAGGCUUUGAUUCUUCAUGCGGAUCCUGGGACAGUGGCGCAGUAGAUGAGCUGUUAACUCUUACAACAGACAAGUUGUUACAGCUGACUGUCACCAGAAUAACCAGAGAAGAAGAAAUUAUCAAAUACUUUGUGCAGAUGGAAUGUGACGGCCAGGUGAUAAAUGAGGCGAUGAAAAACUGGUGGAAAUGCUCCACCACAGAAAACAAACCAAAUGCAGGUGUACAAUGUGACUCAACUGUGGAAGAGGCUGCACCUCCUCAGGAUCAAAUGAAGUAUCCCACAAAACAGGAGACAGAUCCAGAUGAUGCUUGCAUUCACCCUCAGAGAGAGCAUAGAGAAGACAGCCCAUUACCUGCACAUUCUGACCAAAGCAAUUUGAUAUUAAGUUGUGAGAAGGAUGUGUGUGAAACUAACAAAGUCCAUGAGGAGGAGGGUGCCACAGUGACGGACACUGUUUGGUUGGAUGAUGAACAUUUUCUACUGGAUUGGAACCGAGAGGAGGCCAUGGACUGUUCUGAGAUCCUGCCGACAGACCUGGAGUCUUCAACUGCAGAAAUGAGAGCCUGCAACAUGGGAAACAGCGUUCACUCCAAUAUUGACUUGGCUCCAACAAAUGACAGCAAGACUCCUAUCCCAAGUGACGUAUCUAUUACCAGCCGGUCAGCAGGGAAAAUGGUUCCACGUGAAGCUGUUUGUCCCAGGAAGAGCUUUUAUCAGCAUGAUAUGAUUGAUCUGAUUUCAACAGACUUGGAGCAGAUUCAGACUGAAUUGUUGCUGCCCUCUCCUCUGCUUCCUGCUCAGCUUUUGUGUGAUGCUCCUACAGAGCAGGAAAUUGCAGCUAGAAGUGAUGUCACAGAGGUGCCAUGCAUUGCCCCACGUUUCGAGAUUGACUUGAUGACUGAAGACGAGACCUUAUCUCCUCAGCAGGAUACAGAUUCAGAUCCAUAUGAGCCAAGUCAUGAUGAGAAACUCACAAGGGAAAUGGAAGAGGAUGUCAUCAGCCUGACCAAAAAGAGCAAGUUCAAAUGCAUCUCAGAGCAAGUUGGUUCUGAUGUAAAAGAUGAUCUGCAUAAGACGAUGGCUAAAGAAUCAAAUGAGAUUCAGACUGAAUUGUUGCUGCCCUCUCCUCUGCUUCCUGCUCAGCUUUUGUGUGAUGCUCCUACAGAGCAGGACAUUGCAGCUAGAAGUGAUGUCACAGGGGUGCCAUGCAUUGCCCCACGUUUCGAGAUUGACUUGAUGACUGAAGACGAGACCUUAUCUCCUCGGCAGGAUACAGAUUCAGAUCCACAUGAGCCAAGUCAUGAUGAGAAACUCACAAGGGAAAUGGAAGAGGAUGUCAUCAGCCUGACUGAAAAGAGCAAGUUCAAAUGCAUCCCAGAGCAAGUUGGUUCUGAUGUAAAAGAUGAUCUGCAUAAUAAGAUGGCUAAAGAAUCAAAUGAGAUUCAGACUGAAUUGUUGCUGCCCUCUCCUCUGCUUCCUGCUCAGCUUUUUUGUGAGGCUCCUACAGAGCAGGACAUUGCAGCUAGAAGUGAUGUCACAGAGGUGCCAUGCAUUGCCCCACGUUUCGAGAUUGACUUGAUGACUGAAGACGAGACCUUAUCUCCUCAGCAGGAUACAGAUUCAGAUCCACAUGAGCCAAGUGAUGAUGAGAAACUCACAAGGGAAAUGGAAGAGGAUGUCAUCAGCUUGACUGAAAAGAGCAAGUUCAAAUGCAUCCCAGAGCAAGUUGGUUCUGAUGUAAAAGACGAUCUGCAUAAUAAGAUGGCUAAAGAAUCAAAUGAGAUUCAGACAGAAUUGUUGCUGCCCCCUCCUCUGCUUCCUGCUCAGCUUUUGUUUGAGGCUCCUACAGAGCAGGAAAUUGCAGCUAGAAGUGAUGUCACAGAGGUGCCAUGCAUUGCCCCACGUUUCGAGAUUGACUUGAUGACUGAAGACGAGACCUUAUCUCUUCGGCAGGAUGCAGAUUCAGAUCCACAUGAGCCAAGUGAUGAUGAAAAACUCACAAAGGAAAUGGAAGAGGAUGUCAUCAGCUUGACUGAAAAGAGCAAGUUCAAAUGCAUCCCAGAGCAAGUUGGUUCUGAUGUAAAAGAUGAUCUGCAUAAUAAGAUGGCUAAAGAAUCGAAUGAGGUUGAAUUUGAAUCAGAUGGAGCUCCCUCAGUGUGUGAAAUUGCAAUAGGAGCCGUUUCUCUACAGGAGGAUGUCGUGACUAUACAGGAUAACUCAACGACUGAAGAUGAGGCCGAAGAUCUUCAUGAAGACAAACUUCCUGCUCUGUCAUGGGACACAAAGCCACAAAGCUCCCGUCAAGACAUGAGUAACCUGGGUGAUGGGAUGACCCGUUUUUUGGCAGAGAACUGUCUGAAAGACGUCUGGAGAGACCAGCAGAAACGGACUGAAACAGAGACUGAGCAGCUGGUGAAUUCACCACCUGAACAGAAAGACCUCAAGCUGUCAGAGGUGACUCAUCUCUCUCUGGUUGUCUGUGACUGUGCUGCUGAUGAUCUGCCUGUUGAGCAGCGGCCUCAGUAACUGCCCUAUGAUUCAUGUUAUUGCCUCUGCCACACACCACGAAACUGAGUUCAUUCGACUGCAGAUGUUUAAGUUAUAAGACACAAGUUCUCUUUUCUUUGUUGUGUUUGUUCCUGGUGCUUAAUGGCAGUCUUGAUUUAUUGAGUCGACCGAGCAGGUCCUCAUUCUGCUUUUCACAUUUUUACUUUUACAUUGUUUCCUUUUGAAAAAAAACCAUCUAAUUUAAAGUGCCCCUAUCUAUGUGCUCACCCAGUAACCUGGAGCUCUUUUGUUUUACAGAUAUUAACUUAUUCUUUGAAGAUGAGUCUGGUUUGAAAGGUUGUGACUUGUGAUGUUGUUUUGUAAAAGAAUGCAACCAAAGUUUUCUGUGUUGUGGAUUCAUGCAUGCGUUAAAGAGACAUUUCUGUUUGUUCAAUAAAUAUUACAGAUCUAA